AUGAACAAAAGAGAUAAAUGGGAUAUUUGCCGCACCUGUGGAAACAUAGCAGAUGUUGAAAUAUUUGGCCUCGAUGGAGUGGCUUUACAGCUUGAAGAAAAAAUUAAUACCUACCUUCCUAUUACAGUUUCCAAGACUGAUAAUCUACCACUUAAAUUAUGUAAUGUGUGCAUCACCCGGCUAGAAAAUUGUCAUUCCUUAAUUGUAUCAACUAUUGAAAUGAAUAAAACAUUAGAAGAGGUUUUGAAAAAAAAACAAAUAAAAAAUAAUUCCUAUAAUUUUGUAAAUUUGGGAAAUAAUGAAGAUGAAAAUGUAGAAGAUUUGAAUCAGGAUAAUAUACAAUCUAUGGGAAUUAUGGAUAUUAAUUCUGCUGACGAAGAUGACUGUGGAGGAAUUGUUACAGUUAAAGAAGAAUAUUUAGAAUAUGAACCAGUGGACAUUGUCAAUGUUGGAACUGAUCAACUAUUUGAUGAUCCGACUGUUGAUGAGUUAGAUAUGGAAAAAAUUGUAGAGGAUGAUGAGGAAAAUGGUAGAUUUCAAUGUUCCAAGUGUCAGCGUGUUUUUAAUUCAGAGUCCAAAAUGCGUCGCCACAUAUUUAUUCAACAUAAUCCUGGAGAAAUGGAAUGUUUCCAUUGCUUUAUUAAAUAUGACUCUAUGUUACAUUUUGAACGCCAUAUUGCUACACAUUUUACUCGAAAUGAAUAUCUGUGUGACUUUUGUCCUACUAUGUUCAAUCGAGUGUCUGGGCUACUCGAUCAUUUAGCUAAACAUAAAAAUGAUCGUCAAAGAUUUACUUGCCAAGAAUGUGGAAAAGUGUUGGCAAACAGACUUUCCUUCACGAUUCACCAACGGACUCAUACUGGCGAAAAACCCCAUGCAUGCAAAUUUUGUGACAGAACAUUUUCACAGAUUUCAUCAAAACAAUAUCAUGAAAGAACUCAUACAGGAGAGACAACUCAUCACUGUGAAUAUUGUGGCAAGGGAUUCAAUUCAAAAUUGACACGAGACACACACAGGCGUAUUCAUACAGGUGAACGUCCAUUUGGAUGUCCGAUGUGUGAUGCUACAUUUCGUUGUUUAGCAAAUUUACGCCAGCACCAAAUGGUCCAUGAGCCAGUGAAACCAUUCCAGUGUGAGGUCUGCUUAAAACGCUUUGGCCGACCUGAAAAAGUGCGAGUUCACAUGCGCACACACACUGGUGAAAGGCCAUACAAAUGUCCAAUUUGUGGACGUGGUUUUACACAAAAGAAUGACAUGCUCAAGCAUACAAAUGUCCACAAUAAGCCACCCCGAAGGGCCAAUUCACAAAUAAAGAAUUCCGACAUACUAAUUUCCGUUAAUAAUAAAUCUCCACAGUAUAAAAAUGUAAGUAUAAAAGAACUACAGGAAAUUUGUUAUGAUGUCUCCAACAGUUAUGACAGCUCAGAAAACGGAAACGAAACAGAAAGUAGUUCAAUGCUUUGAUCGAAGGUCAAUGGCGAUUUAAUCGAAUGUUACAAAUAAAUUAUUUUGAUAAAAAUGUUAUGUUAAUUAUUAAGUCUAGACUAUUGUUGAAUUCCUCAUAAUAAUUUUUUUUACAAUACAUGUACAUAACACCAAUUGUCAAAUAUGAUAUAAAUUAAUAUUCAUAUGAUAAACCAUUAUAAUUAUUGUUCUUUAAUUUUAUUUUGUGUAAAGAAAAACUACCCACAAUGUUCUAUACUUACACACUUAAAUAUUAUGCCAUUAAGGUGUUAAUAAUGUUCUAUUAUCAUAGAGUUGAAAUAAAUUAAACUCUAAAUA